AUGGACAUCCGGAAGGUUUCCUUCACGGGAUCUACAUCCACCGGUCGCGCCAUCAAGAAGGCUGCCGCUGAGUCGAACUUGAAGAAGGUCACCUUAGAGCUUGGUGGCAAGAGCCCACUAAUCAUAUUUGAAGACGCUGAUCUUGAAAAGGCCGUCCCUGCUGCAGCCUUCUCAAUCCUUGUGAACUCAGGCCAGGCUUGUGUUGCAAGCUCGCGAGUCUUUGUCCACGCUGCCAUUGCCGACAAAUUCAUAGAUGCUCUCAAGAUCGAGAUGGAUCGGGUCGGCGCAGCUGGGGACCCGUUAGGCCGUGGCAUCCAGCGCGGCCCUCAGGCAGAUAAGUUACAGUUCGACAGAGUCAUGGGGUUCUUGGAAGAGGCGAGAACUACGGGCUUGGAGUUCGUCACGGGAGGAGGGCGAGUCGGAGACCGUGGAUACUUUGUUCAGCCGACGAUCAUUAAAAACGCACCAGCCGACUCCAGGGUGAUGAAGGAGGAGAUAUUUGGCCCGGUGAUGUGCAUCAAUUCUCUUGAUGAUGAAGAGGCGGUGCUGGGGACAGCCAACGAUACGAGUACCUUACGGCCUCUACGCCUCAGUAUACACCAAGGAUAUUUCACGCGCGCUUAG